AUGUCUUCUUCUUCUUCCGUUUAUCGCCGGCUUCACGGAAUCUUCACCGGGAAACACAAAGUCAGUGUAAAGCUGAAAACUGAACAGCCCCAAACAACUUCCACCAAACCCACAUCCAAACUUCCUGAAAAACAUAAACUUCAAACCAUUGUUGACAACUUCAAAAAAUCAUCUGAAUCUCCUGAAUUCCGAAACCGUUGCACCAACUAUACGACCGCUAUUCGCCGCCUUGAAUUCAAUUCUUCCGCUAUCGAAGACAUUUUUGAGCACCAAAAACAAUACCCAGAAAUUAGCAAUGAGUUCUUUGUCUGCCGUCUCAUACUCUUAUAUGGUACAGCAAAAAUGCAUGAACAUGCCCGUAAACUGUUCGACGAAAUGCCGAACCUAAAAUGUCAACGAACAGUCUUUUCUUUCAAUGCCCUUUUGGAGGCCUACUCAAGGGCAGAGAAGUACGAUAUAAUCAGAGAUUUGUUUCGUGAAUUACCUGGGGAGCUAUCGAUAGAGCCUGAUGUAGUGUCUUAUAAUACUUUGAUUAAGGCAUUAUGGAAAGCUGGUUCUUUGGAUUCUUCUCUCAGUGUAAUGGAUGAGAUGGAAAAUCACGGAAUUAUACCUGAUAAAGUGACUUUCAAUACGCUUUCGAACGCAUAUUAUGAAAGUAAAAAGUUUUCUGAAGCCGAAGAUUUGUGGGUAUUGAUGCAAAAGAAGAAUGUUGAUGCUGACUUGGGGAGUUACACCGUUAGAUUACAAGGAUUGGUUGCUAAUAACCAGGUUAGCGAGGCGAUUGAACUGUUUGAGGAGAUGGGGAAGAAAGACAUCAUCCCAAAAGCUUUCAGUUAUAACAUUAUGAUCAAAAUGUAUGUGGAUGAUAGGAACUGGGAAGAGGCAAGAAGAUGGUAUGUGAAAAUGGUGGAAAAUGGACGUUAUCCGGAUAAUGCAACAUUUGAGAUGCUCAUUUCUUUUGCUUGUGACAAGGAUAAUCUUGAUUUUGCGCUUGAAUUGUGUAAGAAAGCUAUUGCUUCAAAAGUUGCUAUUUAUAAUGCAACAAUGCAGAGGGUAGUCAAUGUCUUGGCUGAGCAUUCCAAGCUUGAAGAUGCACAGGAGCUGGUGAACUUGGCCAAAUCAUAUAAGCUAUUCCACUCCCGACCCCGAUCCCGGUAUAAACUUUCGCUGCCUUCUCUUUAA